AGCGAAUUGGGGUCGACGGAAGCGUCUCGUCGUCAUGUUUUAUUUCAAAUAGGUAAAUAAAAAGGAUUUCAACGCAGAAAUACAGAACGCAGUCGGUACACCGGGAACAGAUACAGCUCGCGGCAGCUGUACAGCCAGACCGGCACACACAUGGCAGCUUCGUUACCCCAGAAGCCGGGGAUGGCAGGCAUGCCCCCGCAGCAGCAGCAGCAGCAGCAGCCGCCGCCGCAGGCAGCUCACCUGCCCCCUAACGCGGCCGCAGCAGCCGGCCAGCAGCCCGUGCCUCCGCAGGGGGCUCUGAGGGAGAUCUCCCCGGUGUUCCUCUGCAGGAUCGGACAGGAGACCGUGCAGGACAUCGUUACUCGGACCAUGGAGAUCUUCCAGAUAACACGAGCUACACAGCUCCCUAACGGCGUGACUCAGAGCCAGGCCAUGUACCAGGACCGCUUCGGGAAGCUGCAGGAACACCUCCGGCAGCUCGCCCUGCUCUUCCGGAAGCUGCGGCUGCUGUACGAGCGCUGCGUGGAGAUGACCUCUGACCUGCAGGAGAGCCCCACCGAGCUUGUGCCGUAUGUCGGAGAGGAGCUGCUUUCUGUCAGAGUGGAGCCGUGCAGUCCUGCUGUGAACCAAGAGCGAAAAGAGGUUUUAGAGAAGGUGCGUCAGAAGAACCAGGAGAUGAAGGUCCUGAUGGACCAGAUGAGGAACCUGCUGUGGGACGUCAACGCCAUGCUGACGCUCAGGAAGUGACGCCCCUCCCAUCUCGGCUGCUUUGGACUCCCUUCUUCACGGCAGGUGAAGCUUUAGGAAUCGGAUGGAUUUUUGUGGGGGAUUGUGGGACCUUCCACCUCCUCCAGCUGAGAUUCGAUGGCGAUCGUAUUGCGUCGGACUCCCAGAGGGAGAACCUCUGACUGACAUCGGACAUGUUAAACCUGACAGAACCUCAAACACUCCAAUUCUAAGAAUUUCUUUGUUUUAUUUUGAAAGGCAGCUGGCAGCCCGAGUGCUGCACGACUAUUACCCGACUGUUUAUUUCACACUGCCUGAGUAAUGAGUCGAGACCUGUUUAGCCUCGGGUGAAAAUAACAGUAAGCAAAGUUUUCCAGACACCAUGUGAACGGUGUUCCUGUUUUUUUUUUUCCUUCUUUGCCCCCCGGGUGCAGACACGACACCAGCCACACUUGAAGUGAUUGCGGGUCUUUCUCCGUGUUUACAAUAGGAACGUUUACCCACUCCGUCGCUUGUAGAACACGACGGGGUCGGAAUUCAGAUGAGGCCCCUGGCAGCUCGGUAUCUCAGGUGUUUGUACACAGCGGUGUGUGUGUGUGUGUGCUUAAUGAGAUUAGCUUCCUGAGUGCUCGACAUCGCACCUGUUUACCCCGAGGGAGCCGCGACCUGCUCUGCCUGGGAAUAUAUUUUUGUAAACCGUGGGACAAGAAGUUCGACCUCCAGGGUCACUUCGGCUUUUUUGUAUAAAAUAAAAACUUUUUUUUUUUUUUUUUUUUUUUUUUUAAAUAAACACAUUCUUC